CCUAUAUAAUGGCGUAAAAAAAAUGCCAUUCAGACAUUAUAUACUGAGUUCUACUUGAAAGCACUUUCAACAGUCAUUAUAUACUUUAAACUUAAAAUGAAUGCGAAAUUAUUUUUGGUUUUCGGCUUAACGCUUUGCUUUGCCGUACAAAAAUCGUCCGGAGUGGAUCGCAAAAUGGGAGUAUGGAAAUUUGCUUUAAGUUCGAUAGGUAUAGCCGUCGAGGAUAUGUCUGAAGAACAACUAAAAAGUGAAACAGUUCCCCGAGCAUCGUUCAAGUUUAUAUUUAAAGCGACUAACCCAGCAACUGACCCAGUUACAUACGCAGCUUUUGAAGCCUUAGCAGAAACAUUUGGGGUAAAACAUUUUGAAUUAUCUAUUGCUCAAAAAUCAAUGGACGGCUUCAGCGGUCGAUGA